AUGCUGACCAGAGUGUGCCUUUUUAGAAGUCUCUCUCGAACCAUGGCUCUCAGCGCGGCCGAGCUUGAGGCGCGAUCCGUCGAAGCCGACAAGAUCAUUCAAACACUGACGGAAAAGAUCGCCGCGAUCAAGGCGAUGGGCACGCUUCCUGCUAACAUUCAGGAGACGAUCUUGAAGCAGGAGAACUCCCAGCUCAGAAAACAAGUCGAAGCGUUGAAAACGGAAUUGACAACCCUUGAGCUUCGAAAUGGAAAGACGCAAGUCGCUCUUCCGAAACCACCGAAGAAAGGAGCGGCCAAGAAAGAAGCCCCGAAGAAGGCCGAACAGCAGGAAAAGCCGAAGAACGAAAACCAGAAAAAGGACAAACCCAAGAAAGAAAAGAAGGAGAAGAAGCCUCAGCCAGCGAAAGCAGCCGAACCGGAAAAGCCAGUCGAUGUUUCGAGGCUGUUGAUGAAGGUGGGAAAGAUCAUCGACUGCAAGAAACACCCAGACGCGGACGCUUUAUACCUCGAGCAAAUUGAAUGCGGAGAGGAUAAACCACGAACCGUCAUUUCCGGCCUUGUCAAGCACGUUCCCUUGGAAGAGAUGCAGAACAGAAUGGUCGUCCUUCUUUGCAACCUCAAGCCGGCGAAGAUGAGAGGAAUCGUUUCCGAAGCAAUGGUCAUGUGCGCUUCUACGCCAGAGAAAGUCGAGAUCUUGGCCCCGCCAGCUGGAGCAGUUCCGGGCGAUCUUGUCAAAGUACCAGGCUUCGAAGGCGAACCCGACGAACUGAUCAAGCCAACGAGUAAAAAAGCAGUCUCCGUGUUCGAGCAAGUCGCACCAGGAUUAAAGACGAACGACAAAUGCCAAGCCACAUUUAACGAUGUCGCCUGGGAAGUUGCCGGAAAGGGCUUUGUCACCUCCGCCAGUUUGACUAAUGUUCAAGUCAAAUAA